CAAAAGGAUGAGGCCAUGAUAAAGUUGUUGCCUACUCGCCUCCAGGAAGUCCAACUCAAACUGGCAUGGACCAUUACUUGCUAGAAUGUCAAUUGUGAACUUGGCCUUUUAUAUGUCGUUGAAUAGCGUCCAAGAGUAAGCUCUACAACCUCCACGUGGAAUGAGCUGCCCAGAUUCAUGAGGAAUGUUUUGGCUCCCCAAGUGAAAUUGCCAGAACAUAUUUGAACUCUAUGAAUAAAAAAGCAACCCCUUUUGUUGUUGGGCUACAAAGUAGAAUAUGUCAUAAGCAUAAUGCUCAAUUCGGAAGCCACGAGGCAGUUCAAGAUGGUGUGAAUUACCUCGCUAUCCUUCUCAGCCAUCCUCUUUACUGGCUAAUUCCCAGGAAUAUACUAAUUAUAAGAACAACAAGACAAUACCAGCAAAGGGUUCAGAUAUUGCUGGGCAGAUCUUUCGACCAAAGCCUUACUCCGCUAAUUUUCAUUGUAAUCUUUUUAAACAGGCUUCCAAAUUGUCUUAAAGUUCAAGUAAACUUCAUAAUAAUGCUUCAUUUGGCAAAGCAUUUCUGGUGCUUGGAUUGCUGCGUUCUUCUCUAGGCAAAGUGCCAAUUCCCUGCAGCUCAGUCAUAGUUAAUUAUGUGGGUACAAAGCAGCCAUAAAUCGUAUGAAGAAGAUUAUCCAGCUCCUGUCCAUCAUUGAAAUGUGUGAAAAUAGAAGAUAUUACUACAACUAUUGUUAUUUCUUUCUUUUAUAAUGUAGCACCGUUGUCCUGAUAGCACUACGGUCUUUUUCCUAUUUUUGUUUGGUUAUCUCAAUUGUUCCCCCCCCUCUUUUUGGAAAGAUUUACAUA